AUGAAAUUGAAAUCCUUCUUCUCCUCACCCUCAUGCUUCCUCCUCCAAAUUAUACUUGUGCUGCUACUCCUGCAGCUGCAUCAAGAAACUGCAACAGCUAAAAAGACAACGUGUCCUCCUUCUCAUUGCGGCAAAUUCACAAACAUUAUGUACCCAUUUCGGCUGAAGGGUGACCCUGCAAAUUGCGGGGAUCCGAAGUACGAGUUAGCUUGUGUAAACAACAGCACACUGUUGUUACCUUUGUUUCCUGGCCAAAACUACCAUGUGAAGGCAAUCAAUUACAACAACUUCACCAUCCGGCUCGUCGAUCCCGCCAUUCAAGAGGGUGAAGAAGAUUGCUCCUCCUUUCCUCGCUAUUUUUUAUCGGCACGCAAUUUCCCUCCUUCUUCUCUGUUGUUAGAUGAAAACAACUACAACGCAGGUCCUUAUGAUGCCAGUCAAUAUAGAUUAGUUGAUGAUGAAGGCACUGGAUAUGUCAGUCAAUCUAGAUUAGUUAACACACGAAUGUUCCAGCACGUGGUUUUCAUGAACUGCAGCAAUCCAGUGAGGGAUGAUCCACUGUACGUGGAUUCAGCUCCAUGCAGCAGCAGCAGCGUCAAUUCCCAUGAUUCACAAGGCCAUGUUUAUGCCAUCGUUGGGGACUUGUUGGUUGGGAAUUUCAAAGUUGGCUGCAACGUGAAGCUUGUUACACUCAUGUCCGUUUUUGGUUACAAUUACAGUGAAGAGAAUUGGGUGAUACCCGACCAAACAUUUUCAUACGAUGAAAUUCAUAGGAUGCUGGUCUCUGGAUUUGAGGUUUCAUGGAUGGGACAUCCUUGUCAACAUCUUUGUGGAAAGCCUGAUUGCUUUUUGAUUGUAAACACCCAGAGUCUUCAAUGCAAGAAGUUCGUUGAUUACUGUAGAAGUCCACUGGGAUUUCCAAUCACUUGUGGUACUGGACGACUACAUAAAUUAGGAAUUUUCUCCAAGGGGCGAAUAUUUCUCGAAGGUAAGGAGCAACUGUCUCUUCUUUUCUUUCCCCAUGUAUGCUACAAAUAUUUUGGCAGCUGGCUUUGUCCUGUUAUAUUAUAUCCGUCGCAUAGUGGCAUAAAUUUAUUUUCAUUUGGUCAACAUAAGUACCAAUGGUUACUACUUAUUCUUUCUGAAAUUAUAGUCGGGAUUGGACAAGAUAUAUAUAUAUAUAUGAUAACGGGUGAAGAGAUAAGUAUAUAUGAUAACUACGAUGGGGAUUAUACAGCUUCUAAACUCGAUUUUAAGAUGGGAAAAGUCACAGGAUAUGUCUUGGCAUCAUAUAUUGUAAUGAAAUUUAUAUUUGGUCUUGUAAUUUUCUUUGGAAAAUUAAUACAUAUAUAUCGGAGGAGUCAUACAUCAGUUUAUGAAAAUCUUGAAGAUUUUCUUCAAGGGAGCUCCCUCAUGCCAAUAAGGUAUUCAUACAAAGAUAUAAAGCAGAUGACUAGAGGUUUUAAAGACAAGUUGGGUGAAGGAGGCUAUGGAUUGGUUUAUAAAGGAAAGCUCCGUAGCGGACUUUUUGUAGCGGUAAAGAUGCUGGGAAAACCUAAGGCUAAUGGGCAAGAAUUCAUUAGUGAAGUCGCAACCAUAGGAAGAAUACAUCAUGGCAAUGUGGUUCACCUUAUUGGAUUUUGCGUUGAGGCAUCCAAACGUGCUCUUGUUUAUGAAUUCAUGCCCAAAGGUUCUCUUGAUAGAUAUAUUUCCUCCAAAGAAGAUGAAAUUUCUCUAACUUGUAGUCAAAUGUACAAAAUAUCUCUUGGAGUUGCUCGAGGUAUUGCAUAUUUACAUCAAGGUUGUGACAUGCAAAUUUUACAUUUUGAUAUCAAGCCUCACAACAUCCUUCUUGAUGAGAACUUUAUUCCUAAGGUUUCAGACUUUGGUCUGGCAAGACUCUACCCAAUUGACAAUAGCAUUGUCACUUUGGCUGCAGCAAGAGGAACAAUUGGCUAUAUGGCUCCAGAAUUAUUUUAUCAAAAUGUUGGAGGAGUGUCAUAUAAGGCUGAUGUCUAUAGUUUUGGAAUGCUUUUGAUGGAAAUGGCAAACAGGAGAAGAAAUUUGAAUCCAUAUGCAGAUAACUCAAGCCAAAUUUUCCUUCCUCUUUGGAUUUAUAAUCAAUUGAUUGAGGAAAGAGAGAUAGAAAUUGGAGAAGUUACCUAUGAGGAAAAGGAUAAUGUGAAAAAGAUGUUCAUAGUUGCUCUAUGGUGUAUACAACUAAGGCCCAAUGAUCGUCCAUCAAUGAACAAAGUAUUGGAGAUGCUCGAAGGAGAAGUUGAAAGCAUUAUAAUGCCUCCAAAACCUUCUCUAUACCCAACUGAAAGUAUUCAAGAUCUUGAAAACAAUACUGAUAAAUUCACAUCAGUUGAUACUUCUAGCUCAAUGUGUUUUCUAGAGUAAAUUGCAAAUGAUCCUUUAUUGAAGGAUUCUUCUUGAUCUUUGCUAGUAAUUUUAUUUUCAAUUAUAUUUUGUACUUAUUUAUUGAAAACAAUUACC